CAUGGGAUUGGGAUAGUUGUAAGUAAUUGUGACCCUUUAUACCAAAAGUAAAUGGUUUCAUUUAUACAAUCCCUAAACAAAAAUUCUCCUAAUUUGCCUAGUACAUCUCUGUCUAAACUGGAGCGGUGGUAAUAGAAGUGCAUGAGACUCCACUGCUUGCGAUCAAACCUUCUAAAAGAUCACAGGCAACCCCACCAUUCAUCUCUCUGCUACUUUCCACCUUUUGCCAGUGAGAGAUUCUGUAAUGGAGCGAGCAACUCCAUUCUCUCUCACGUUCCUUCAAAACCCAAAUCACAAACAACCCAAUUUGAAUCCACCAUUUCUUCUCUUUCGCAUCUGCGGAAUUCUCAAAAAACCCAAAUAAAAAAAGCCGAAAUUUACACCUCAAUCCUACAGAACUCUGCAAAAUCCGGGCAUUUACAGGCAGGCCAGAUGGCUCACUCUUGCAUUCUAAGAGAUGGGCUUUUCUUAGAUGCGUUCAUAGGCAAUAAUAUCAUGCACAUGUACUGCAAAUGUGGUAGUCUUCAAUGCGCGCAAAACGUGAUGGAUGAAAUGUCUAUGGGAGAUACAAUUACUUGGAACACUCUGAUAUCUGGUUUUGUUGAAUUGGGUCUUUAUAAAAAUGGGGUACAAUGCUUUAGAGAGAUGAAAACCAAUGGUUUUCGACCUUCUCAAUCUACUUUCGUCAGUGUUCUUACAUCAUGUACUGGGCUAAUAAGCAUGGAGAGUAUAGAAGCGCUUAAGCAAGUCCAUGCUGAGGUUCUGAAAUGUGGUUUUAGUGGUGAUCUUUGCACUGCCAAUGCACUCUUAUCAGCUUAUUGCAAAAUUGGUGAUCUUCUUUCUGCAAAUUCAAUAUUCGAUUCUAUGAGUGACAGAGAUGAAAUUUCUUACGAGGCUGUUUUAAUUGGGUAUCUCAAAGAAGGGAUCAUCAGAAAUUGCUUAGAACUCUUUCUUCUAAUGCUUAGCCAUGAAUUUAGACCAAGUCCUUUUGCUUUCUCUGCUGUUAUCAGCGCAUGCUUGUGCUUGGAUUUGAGAAAUUCAAUCUUGGGUACUCAAAUUCAUGGGCUAACUGUUAAGUUAGGCUUAGACUCACAUGCUUCAGUGGGGAAUUCUCUUAUUACAUUCUAUGCCAGGUCCGCUUCACUGGAGGAUGCUUGGUUUUCUUUCAAGAGUUUGCAGAGUCAAGACAUUAUCAGUUGGAAUUCUCUGAUCGGAGCUUAUGCCUCGAAUGGCCAUGGAGAAAUUGCUCUGGGCUUUGUUCGGGAAUUCAUGGCUUUGGGCCAUAUAAUGAAUGAGUCUACUUUUGCUAAUUUCUUAUCAGCUUGUGCAACUCUCAGCAUCCUCGAGCAUGCAAAGCAAGCCCAUGCUCUUAUACUGAAAAUGAGACCCCAAGUAGGCUUUGAAAUGGAUAAAGUAGUUCUCACCAUGUACCAUAAAUCCAAUUGUUUGAGCUAUGCGAGUACUAUUUUUAGAGAUAUGAAAGAGCCUGGUGCUUUUUGUUUGAACCUUGUUAUUGGAUUGUUAAGAAACAAUUGCUGUUUUAGAGAAGCAUUCAAGCUUUUCUCCGAGUCAUUAUCAGAGGGACUAAAGCCAGAUCACUACACAUUCUUGAACAUUCUUUCUUGCUGCACUAGACUGGUUUCCAUGGAAUUUGGAGAACAAGUUCAUUCACAGGUUAUAAAAAGAGGAUUGCUUGAGGUAUUCCCAGUAGAAAACUCACUUCUUGAGAUGUACGCUCACUGUGGAAAGCUCGAAAAUGCAGAGAGAAUUUUUAGAGAGAUGGGAGAGAAGGAUAUAUUCUCAUGGAACACGAUGAUUCUGGGAUAUGCCAAUCUGGGCUUAACUGAAGAAGCGAUUGGAACUUCACAAGAGAUGAGAGAAGAUGGCUUUGAGUUUAAUGAGUUCUCUCUUGCAGUUCUAAUCAGAGCCUGCAAUUGCGCUAACAAGCUUGUUUAUGGAGAGCAAAUUCAUGCACGGGUGCUUAAACAAGGGCUCAGUUUCGACAUGGUUUUGAUGAAUUCUCUUCUUACUAUGUAUUCCGAUUGUGAGAUGAUAGACAAGGCUCUUAUGGUUUUUGAAGAUAUCGAGUAUGGAGACUCAGCCUCAUGGAAUGGAUUGGUUUCAGGUUUGGGGCAGAAUGGUCAUUUUGAAGAUGCGCUAGGGUUCUAUUCAUCAAUGAACAAGAUGGGAUUGCGCCCUAACCACAUGACCUUUGCCAGUGUCACAAAGUCAUGUGCCGCCUUUACAGAGCUCGAGCUUGGGAAACAGGUCCAUGCCCAAGCCAUCCAAAGGGCGUUUGAGUCCGAUCUCUCGGUCAGCAACUCGUUGCUCACGAUGUAUGGAAAAUGCGGAAUCAUCGAAGACUCAGCCAAAUUGUUCAACCUCAUAUCUCAUAAAGACAUUAUCACAUAUAAUGCCAUGAUCUCAGCUUAUGCUCAGAAUGGCUAUGCCCAAAAGGCCCUAGAGAUCUUUAAAGAGAUGAAAUCUUUAGGGUUGGAGCCAAACCAUGUGACCUUUGUAGCAGUACUGUGUGCUUGCAGCCAUGGAGGCCUGGUCUCAGAGGCCCAAGGCCAUUUCCAAUCCAUGGAAAGGGAUUAUGGGCUCACUCCAAGUGAGGAUCACUAUGUUUGCAUGGUUGAUAUCCUCGCUCGAGCUGGUCUACUGAGAGAAGCUGAGCAUUUGAUUGAAAGCAUGCCAAUUGAGCCGAGAUCUUUGAUUUGGAAGAUUUUGCUUAGUGCUUGUAGAUUACACGGGGAAAUGGAAACCGGAGAGAGAGCUGCAGAGAAGCUCAUGACUUUAGAACCAAGCGAUUCUUCAGCCUAUGUUCUUCUAUCGAACAUAUACAAUUCAGCCAACGAGAGAGAGAGCAAAGCUAGAGUGAGAAGGAUGAUGAAAGAGAGGGGAGUGAAGAAGGAUCCAGGGUGCAGUUGGAUUUGUAUCAAGAACAAAGUCCAUGGUUUUGUUGCAUCAGAUGGGAACCACUUGGAGAGGGAUAAAAUAUAUGCAAACAUAGAUAGUUUACAUGAUCAAAUUGUGGAUCAUGGAUCAGGAUGGUGGCAUGCUCCACUAAUGUCAUGAUUUUUAAUACCUUUUUAACAUUUUUUAUUUGAAGUCUUAUCGUGUUUGUAAGAUC